AUGGCAGAUCCCACAUCCGGAACGCAGAUCAUUCCACUGAGCAGAAUGCCACAGCAGGCUAGUGUCCAGGAAGCCCGCGAUGAUUGGACUGGCGUCAUAAAUCGGGAGGAACGAAGGAAAUUGCAAAAUCGCCUCAAUCAGCGACGUUUCCGGCAGAGAAAGCAAGUCGACGAGGCGAAAUCGCAGGGCCCCAUCAUCUCCCCCGAUAUCUCCAAUUUGCCUAAACCGCGUAUGGUCCCACUUGAGUUCCAGGAGGAAAAUAAUGAGCUUUGGGAAUGCGCACUGGCAGCACCAAAUGCCCGCCAAUUCCGUAAAUGGUUUGAGGCAAAGGCACUCGAAAGCUAUAUGAACGGCGCACCGAACAGAGAUCACCUAAUCAGUCUUAGCCGGCUGAACGUGCAUAAAGCCAUCAACGAAAAUAUCUGUGCAAUUGGCAUGACGCCCGGGUGGAUGCAAGACGAUGACUCGAUAUCAAUAUUCAACCUUUCCCAACCCGGCUUCUCAAUAGAGGGGAUUCCGGCCUGUUUACGCCCUAGUUAUAUCCAGCUACAUGUGCCUCAUCAUCCUUGGUUAGAUUUCUUCCCCUUCCCCCGCAUGCGUGAUUGCAUGAUCCUUGCUGGCGACUCUUUUGACGACGAUGACCUUUGUCAUGAUCUAAUGGCGUUUUGGGACACAAGAAAUACAGCUGCUACGUUACUGGUGUGGGGGGGAGUCGUGGGAUGCAAAGAAUUGGGAAGUUACAGAAGGCUUCGCGCAGAAAUGGAAAUGGCUACUCCUUGA